ACCAGCUGAUGAUGACGUCACGACGCAGCUGAUGACGUCACGACGCAGCUGAUGACGUCACCACCCAGCUGAUGAUGACGUCACAACCACAACACUGGGAAAAUGGCUGCCACCGUCCGUGUUCUCGCCCGCAUCACCGGUCUUAAUCCAGUUGCAACCAGGUCUUGCUACACAGUGACACGGCCCAACAUAGCAGUCAAUGAGACUACUAAAGUCAUAUGUCAGGGUUUUACUGGCAAGCAAGGAACUUUUCAUUCACGCCAAGCAAUUGAAUAUGGCACUCUCAUGGUGGGGGGAGUGUCACCAGGCAAGGGUGGCAAGAAACAUCUCAAUUUGCCAGUGUUCAACACUGUUGCCGAAGCCAAAGCCGCCACUGAUGCUGAUGCAACAGUGAUCUAUGUGCCACCCCCUGGUGCUGCUAAGGCAAUAUUGGAAGCUGUUGAAGCAGAAAUAGGUCUUAUUGUGUGCAUCACAGAAGGCAUCCCACAGCAGGACAUGGUCAAGGUCAAACAUGCUCUCCUCCGUCAGAAUAAAAGCCGAUUGAUUGGUCCUAAUUGCCCAGGAAUCAUAGCUCCUGAAAAGUGUAAGAUUGGUAUUAUGCCUGGACACAUUCACAAAAGGGGCUGCAUCGGCAUAGUGUCAAGAUCAGGCACGCUUACUUAUGAAGCAGUUCAUCAAACCACCAUUGUGGGCCUUGGACAAACGCUAUGUAUUGGAAUUGGUGGUGAUCCCUUCAAUGGUACAAAUUUUAUUGACUGUCUAGAAACCUUCAUUAGGUGCCCAGACACAAAAGGAAUAAUUCUGAUUGGAGAAAUUGGUGGUGGUGCUGAGGAAGCUGCUGCAGAGUACUUAAAACAACACAAUUCUGGACCAGAUGCCAAACCAGUAGUGUCAUUCAUUGCUGGGUUAACAGCACCCCCUGGUCGUCGCAUGGGACAUGCUGGUGCCAUCAUUUCUGGUGGGAAGGGUGGAGCCAUUGAUAAGAUUAAAGCCCUGGAAUGUGCUGGUGUUGUUGUAUCCAGGAGUCCUGCACAAAUGGGUAACAUGUUGUUAGAAGAAAUGAAACGGUUAGGGUUGACUGCAUAAGGCGUAAGUGCUGACGUGGCUCAUUGACUUGACGUGUUCUCAUUAAUAUGUCUUAAUAAAUUCUUGAAAAGUUGAGAAAUAAUUAUUUAGAGGUUAUUGUUUCAUGCUCGUGUUCUUGAUUCUUGCAGUCAAGAAUUAGCGACUACAUGUAAAAAUGGCUACUUUUCUUAUCAAGACUGUGUCCAAUAGUUGGACUUUUUGCUUGGGUUUGUCAUAAAUUUAGAACCAGUGACUAUAAUAAAUUGUGUAACUGUACUGUUGAAUGUUUGCCUGUUAAGCUGGAAAAAUACAUGGUUAAUAUUAUUUCUGUAACUUAUUACAGUGCACUACAUAUAGGUAUAACUAAAUGCUAAUCCAGAGAUUUUUUAAUUAAAAACUAUAUGAGGUAUCUUUUCUUGUAAAAUCCUUUUAAAUUUAUUUAAAUUUUGCUAGAAAUCUCAAAUUCUGUAAAAAUCAUUAUUCAUCUUUAUUACUCAUGUUUAUUGUGUACAUGUUGCUACCUAAUAUAAAAGUGUAAAUACUGUAUGUCUAAAGGUUUUUAUUGGAAAAUGUACUUUAUUCUGUUUUAAAUAGUUUUAAGAAAUAAAGUACAUGUUCUUAUGAUGAUUUUUUACUAAUCAAAAUACUCAGGUUGAAUUGCUCUUGAUUCUGCUUCUAUUACUGAUAUGAAAAACCAUUUCUUAACAUACAGUAUCAUUGCUUAUUUUACUUGUUAAAUUCCUUAAUUUUUUUUAUUCAUCAUUUCUGUGCUAAUCCAUAUUUUCACAGGGUAGGGUUCUUUUUAAUAACAUGCUCCAAUGUAGUAAAAUUUUCUUAAAUUGUAAAAUCUAAACUAGUUGAAUUUGGUGUACAGAGUUCAAAAUAUUUUAAUUCUUGCACCCUUCUAGGGAGGUGCCUUAAUGCCAGUGAAGGGCUCUUUUUUCAAAGAAUUGAAAUACCCUUCCUUUUCUUGGAUCAAAUCUGAUUGCUUUGCAUUCCCAAGGCACUUUGAUCCCCAUGAAAUUGCAAAAAAAUACAUCUCUUGGGCAGUUGCCUUUUCUUCAUGGAAGAAUUACUUGCUUUAAUGCCUUAGUUCUACUGGCAAAAAUUACUCAUGUCUGGGAAGAAAUUGCUUAGAAUACUUUAAAGGUUGCUCCCAGCCUGGUUGAUCAGACUGAUCCACUGCGAGGCCUGGUCAUGGACUGGGCCGCGGGAGUGUUGACCCCCGAAACACUCUCCAGGUAUGUAUUUGCAGUAUACAAAAAUGCAUAUACUGUACAGGGUACUCCACUUCUUUUCUUUGAGUAGAAGUUGGAGUGUGAGCAUAACUUUUAUGAAGGGAAACUGGUUAGUCAGGCUGAAGUCCUGGAAGUGAACAGAGCAGUGCCUGCACUCUGAAGGAGGGGUGGUUGUUGUAGUCAGAGGGUAAUUGAAUUUCUGGAAAGUGGGCAAUUAAAUAAACAGUGAUGAAUGCA